AUGUCGUCUCAAUACAACUACCAUUAUGAGCCAGCCAGUUCAAUGGCCUCUCGUCGCAUCAUUGAAGAAGAUUCUUAUCAAACAACUCCACAAGCAACCGAUACCGACACCAUCCCCUUAUAUGGCCAAGUGACGUCUGAAGACUUGUCGUCAACGUUUGAUCCAGAGAUUAUCGACAUGCAACUUAAAGAAGAGAUGUUAAGGAGAAAGGUUGCUCUUCAAGAGUCUAAGGGUGCUAUAGUCGAAGUUACUUGUACAUCAGAAGUGUCUGAAGCAGUGCAGUUUGCCCGAAAGAACCAUAUCAAGUUUGUCACCAAGGCUGGUGGACAUUCAACCACUGGGUCGUCUGCUAGCCACGGUGGACUGGUCAUAAGCCUGACCAAAAUGCGACAUGUCGUAACCGACCCUGCCUCCAAAACCGUGUGUGUCCAGGGAGGAGCUAUUUGGGACGAUGUUAACGAGUCCACUGCACCUUAUGGCUUGGCAGUGGUUGGAUCCACUGCAAGCCACACAGGAGUUGCAGGGCCGACGUUGGGGGGUGGCUUUGGGUGGUUAACUGGGCGAUACGGCCUGAUUGCCGACAAUCUACUAAGCGUCCGAAUGGUUUUAGCGGACGGUACCAUCGUGGAGGCAUCCGACGAGAGCCAUCAGGACUUAUUCUGGGCAGUGCGCGGCGCAGGACAAGCCUUUGGAAUUGUGACAGAACUCGUUUUUCGGGCUCAUGACCUUGCCGCGCCAGUUUAUGGUGGAACGCUCAUUUUCACUGUGGAUCGCUUACCGGGAAUUCUCGAAUUCGCCAAGCGUUUUGAUGAGCAGCAAGAUGAAGACAGUGGCCUUUUCUUUGGGCUGGCGGCGCCAUCAGCUGCUGAUCGCACGGCUAUCUUGGUUUUGCCAUUCUAUAAUGGCAGUCAAGAGAAAGCCGACGAGUUCUUCGCGCCGUUGCUCUCUCUGAGCCCCUCCAUGAACAAAACGUCUAUGAUGUCCUACAAGGAGCUUAAUAGAGUUGCAAAUGUCGAUCCAGUACCAGAGGGCCGGAAAUGUUUUAGUGGGACCAAAGUAUACAUGCCACUUGAUAAGCAUUUGGUCAAUGAUUUGUGGGAACAUUUCGACGCGAUUAUGGAAAAAUAUCCGCGAUCGAGACACAGCGUGCUGAUGUUUGAGCUCAUACCUUAUGGGAAGACAAUCGAAGUCCCUAUCGACGCCACAGCCUGUGCUGAUCGAGGACGAUACUACAACGUCGCCAUACUUCUGUGCUGGUAUGACCCUGGGCAUGACGCCGCAAUGCAUACAUACUUGCGUGCCCUACUCUCCAAAAUCAAGAAAUCGGACUGUUAUGCUGGACAAAAAGAGAAUGUGCAAGCCUAUGCUAAUUUUGCUGGUGAGAGGCCCUGA